GACACUACCUCGAGCAUCUCCGUCUUCUCUCUCACCUAUCAGCUCUCUCGGAUUUGUUUCAACAUGCACGCGGACUUGGCAGCGUGGCUUUUGUUAGCCCCGGGACUUGUGUCCCUGGUUAGCGCCCAAACCUGUCCCUUCGCCAAACGGGACACCAUCCCUACCCAGAGGGAGAUCCCUCAAGACUUUGGCCGCUGCGCAACCGUUAGCAACGCUGCUGGUGGCGGUACCCGGAGCAAGGACUGGUGGCCAUGCCAGCUGAAGCUCGAUGUCUUGCGCCAGUUCUCGCCCCAGGUCAACCCCUUGGGCGGCAACUUCGACUACACGGCGGCUUUCGAGUCUCUGGAUUAUGACGCCCUCAAGAAGGAUCUGCACGCGUUGAUGACUGAUUCACAGGACUGGUGGCCUGCUGACUUCGGCCACUACGGCGGCUUGUUCGUCCGUAUGGCCUGGCACAGCGCCGGUACCUACCGUGCGAUCGACGGCCGCGGUGGCGGUGGAAUGGGUCAACAGCGAUUUGCGCCGCUCAACAGCUGGCCCGACAAUCAGAACCUGGACAAGGCUCGCCGUCUGCUCUGGCCGAUUAAGCAAAAGUACGGAAACAAGAUCUCAUGGGCCGAUCUCAUCCUCCUCACCGGCAACGUCGCCCUGGAGUCCAUGGAUUUCACCCCCAUCGGCUUUGCUGCCGGUCGCCCUGACACCUGGCAGUCCGAUGAGUCUGUCUACUGGGGUGCCGAGGCUACCUUUGUCCCCAAGGGCAAUGACGUUCGCUACAACGGCAGCACCGACAUCUACGAGCGCGCCGAGGAUCUUGAGAAGCCCCUCGGAGCAACCCACAUGGGUCUCAUCUACGUGAACCCCGAGGGUCCCGAUGGCAGCUCCGACCCUAAGGCCUCGGCUGGCGACAUCCGUGUUGCUUUCGACCGCAUGGGCAUGAAUGACGAGGAGACUGUUGCUUUGAUUGCUGGUGGACACGCUUUUGGCAAGACUCACGGCGCUGUCAAGUCCUCCAACAUCGGAUCUGAGCCCGAAGCCGCCGACCUGGGAAUGAUGGGUCUCGGAUGGCACAACAGCGUUAACAACGGAAACGGCCCCGACACGUCGACUAGCGGCCUUGAAGUCAUCUGGACCAAGACCCCUACCAAGUGGAGCAACGACUACCUCAACAGUCUCAUCAAGAACAACUGGACCCUUGUCGAGAGCCCUGCUGGCGCUCACCAGUGGGAGGCCUUGAACGGCACCCUCGACUACCCCGACCCGUUCGACAAGACCAAGUUCCGCCACGCCACCAUGCUCACCAGUGAUCUCGCUCUGAUCCAUGACCCCAUCUACGAGAAGAUCUGCAAGCGCUGGGUCGACCACCCCCAAGAGCUCGUCGAUGCCUUCGCCAAGGCCUGGUUCAAGCUCCUGCACCGUGACCUCGGCCCCAAGACUCGUUACCUUGGUCCCGAUAUCCCGGCCGAGAACUUCCCGUGGCAGGAUCCCCUCCCCAAGGGACAGGGUGCUGUCCUUAGCGAUGCCGACAUUUCCAGCUUGAAGGCUCAGAUUCUUUCUUCUUCCGACCUGAGCAUUUCGGUGCUGGUUUCUACCGCUUGGAACGCCGCUUCCACCUUCCGCCACUCCGACAAGCGCGGCGGUGCCAACGGAGCUCGCAUUGCCCUUGAGCCGCAGGUCAGCUGGGAGGCCAACAACCCUCCCCAGCUUAAGAAGGUCCUGGCUGCGCUGAAGAAGAUCCAGACCAAGUUCAACAAGGGCUCCAAGAAGGUGUCCCUGGCCGAUCUCAUCGUCCUUGGAGGUUCCGCGGCUGUUGAGCUGGGUGCCCGCAAGGCCGGCUUCUCUAUUCCCGUCCCCUUCACUCCUGGCCGCGUCGAUGCCACCCAGAACCAGACCGACAUCCGAGCCUUUAACUACCUCCAGCCCGUGGCCGAUGGAUUCCGCAACUACGGCAAGGGAACUACCCGAGCCCGCACCGAGGAGAUCCUGGUCGACAAGGCUGCUCUCCUCACCCUCACCCCUCCUGAGCUGACAGUCAUAGUUGGUGGCCUCCGUGCUCUGGGCGCCAACUACGACGGCUCAUCGCUCGGUAUCUUCACCGAGAAGAAGGGCCAGCUGACGAACGACUUCUUCGUGAACUUGCUUUCAAGCCAGUACACCUGGGAAAAGAAGGAUGGCUCUGACGAGCUCUGGAAGGGCAUUGACCGCACUACAAAGGCUACCAAGUGGACCGCCACGCGCGCCGAUCUGGUCUUUGGAUCCCAUGCCGAGCUGCGUGCUAUCUCUGAGGUCUAUGGCAGCGAGGAUGCCAAGGAGACUUUCGUCAAGGACUUCAUCACUACUUGGGUUAAGGUUAUGAACUUGGAUCGCUUUGAUGUCAAGGCUUAAAGGAUAUUCUACAUUUGUCAGGAUAUUCUAGAUUAUUCAUGUAUAUAUUGUAAACCUAUAGCAUAUUUCACGUUCUUACAGUUGCG